AUGGCUGACCAGCACCCUUUAUAUGGCCGCUCAAUCCUCAGUCCGGAAGAGCAGCGAAGGGUUGCUCAAGCCAGCGACGAGGAUAACUUGAUGUACACGACAAACUCACUCGCUUCAUUCGCUUUUGGAAGCGCCUCAGAGCUACCACCCUCGCCAUCGCGUCACAACAUUGGACCACUUGACGAGAUUGACGAAGAAGACCCAUACACUUCUCGCAAAGCAGACGACACUCCACGCCAGUCCUUAGCGACUGGAAAAGACCAACGAUCUCCCUCUUCCUUCUAUUCCCAGCCUCCCUCGGAUACCGCCUCCCGACAUACGUUCGGAGGCAACUCAUCUACCUCUUCUCGCUCUGGGUCACGCAGUCGCACGACCAGCAGCACAACACACACCUCCGUUGACGAUUUGGGUGGCGUCACUUUCAAUCCUCUCCACCACCAUCCUACACUCCCUCCAGACGUUGAAUUCGACUCAGAAGAAGAGCUCAGUGAAGAGUACGAUUCGAUAGAGGUUUCUUCUGCCCAUGGGACCAGUAGCAUGGACGGCGCUGCAUUUGAGGCUUUACUCGAGCGACAAAUGUAUGCAGACUCCCAUAUGGCCUCCACUGGACGUAGACCCAGCCUUCCUAUGGCCAUUCCUGGAACAUCACCAGAUGACUACAACCACAACCGACGAGACCGCGAAGGCAGUCUCGCAACACUGCGACGACCCAGUCGAAGUCUCGACGACCCAGUUAGCAUCUAUACGGGUCGCGACAGCCCCACUUCUUCCCCGCCCACACCCGUUUCAGUACCCGAAUCCGAUGGUGACUGGCGCUCCCUCUCCGCCCGCGUUGCUUCCCGCGAGCCGCCAUCACCUCAAACCGUCAUUGUCCCUACUUUUGCCGGAGGAAGUGGCGCAGGCAGUGGUGGAUUCGAUUCGUAUGGGUUCGAUCUUGACUGGAGCAGUAUGCAGGGCGGCAUCACUGGUCUAGACAUGCGGGAUAUCGCCGUCCAUGCCGGCCGAACUAGCACUCACAGCGAGCGACGGCCCAGUCAGUUGUCACUGAUGCUGCGUAGACCGAGCACAGCAAGCGGGGGGAGUGUUAUGCUCGAUCCAGACACAUUUGCGGCCGCAGUCAGAGGUUGGGGCGGAGACGAGUACGAAAGACAACGGAAGUACUGGACUUUCAGACGGGAUGCAGCUGACGGGAGAGGUGGAACGAGCAAGAGAUCAGUUUCGAGUUCUGGUGGUCCACUGAGUCCGGUGAGAAGUAUCACGAGUGGAAGGGCUGGAAGGAGUUCAGAUCGGGGUUCAGAUCGCCCAAAAUCGACUCCUUGGCGAGGAAUGGCGUUGAACGCGGAAGAGAUCUGGAACAGCACGCUUGUGGGGAGCUUCAAAGUUCGGAGAAUCGAAUUGCGACCUCAAAAACCUCAACAACGCGUCACCAUCGAUCCUUUUCGCGGGCCAUACACGCUUGGGCCAAAACCGCCGCAUGAUGGUGCCUAUACAAACAUCCACAAACACUCGAAAGUUGUGGCGUUCUCUAUACACCGACAUUACAAACCGACUCGCUUACCGCUGGAUGCUCGUGGAAGUAUCAGUGGCCGAGGAAGCAUUACGGGCUCGGUGAGUGCGGGUGCGGGUGCUUAUGAAGAGCGACGACGACCGACUGCAAUGAUUUUGCUUGCGCCAAGACAUGUUCAGGAGGCGUAUACAAGCACGAACACCACCAAGGGGCUGAGGUCUCAUGGACUCUUGGACGAGGGAAAGUCUACCGUUCGGGACGAAACAAAACGACGCGACCGCGAGCGAAGCUCCAGACGCCAACAACAACAACAACAACAAACAAGCAGUAUGGGCAGCGUUCGUAGCACAACAAGCACCUUUCGUGAACCGCCUCUACCUACUCCACCCAUUCCUCAAGCUCCCUCUGUAGACUCGAUACCAGACACAACACGGUCACAUUCAGCCUCACGAAGGAGACGAAGAAGGAACAGUUUGGAUGGGGAUGAUUCAGACUCGGAGUCGGAAAGGCUGCGGUCAAGGACCACCCACAACGAGGCUUUCUCCACCAUGGAUGCGAGCUUCAUCGACCAAAUGGUGCUUUCCCAGGAUGUGCGUGGAGACGGAAGCCCAAAUGGGGUUCUUUCGAGAGUGUUUGGACGAGGACAGCCGCAACCACUUUUGAAGCCGCAUGCUCCUUAUGUGCCUCCAUGGGUGACGUUGCAAAGUCGGGUCAAGCAAGAGGAGAGAAAACGACGACACGAUGUGUUGAGUAACUCUUUCGAGGAUGUCGGUCUAUUACCGCCUAAGCGGAGUACUGGGGCUCGGAGCGGGCUCAAAAAGUCGACUGUUCCAUCUGCUGCAGUCGACAUCUUUGCGCAAGUGCCUGCAGACUCUUUGUUUAUGCUUCUGCCCCUCUGGCCCGGCCCGACGGAUCCGGUUUCCGAACGAACGACAUCACGACCACAGCAUCAAAUUCCACCUGAACAACGACAAUACCUGCUUGUGGCAUAUAAUCCAACUGACGAGCCACCACCGUUAUCUUCUUCGAAAACUCGCAGCUCGCAUAGUAGUCCGACGAGUUCGUCAGAUAGCACGCUUGUGGGUGGUGGGCGUGGCAGCUGCGACAUCUUGCUGACGAGCUUCCAUGUGAGUGCGCGGCUUGUCUCACACCAAGAUUUGCAAGGCUCCGGCGUGCGUGUUCCAGAUGAAGGGCUUGCCGUGUUGGGAUCGUGGCAGGAUGCGUGGCUGAGCAUGCCCCAAAUUGCGACACGUGACCACGGUCUGUUGGUGAUUGGCACCUGCUCGUCCGCCAGGGAGGCAGGAAUUGAAUUUGAUCCAGAAGGGUUAGUUAAGAUGGGUCUGUGCAUUCCCGUUCCGCCAGAGCCGGGCAGCAGCGAGGAGGAGGAGCCAGUGGCGGAGUUGACGCCUAUUGGAAGGGCAGUACUGGAGAUGGCAUGGAUCGGAUGCAUUGCGGUGACGAGUUUUGGGCCCGCCGGAAUGCAGGGAUGA